UUGCCAGUUCUGUUUACGCCGGCAAACGUAUCUCAAGGCAGUCGCGAUUUUGUUUACGUUUCGGUUGCAUGCAAGCCAGACGGGCAUUAACGCAACAAACGCUGCAGAACAGUUUCGUGAGUUGCAAAUCACAAAUUAGUACUCGAUCACUGAGGAGCGCUCAUCAAUGGACUCGCCGCGAAAUUGAUUUGAAUCGCGCGUGGUACUAAUUGAAUGCUACACGGACUGCAUUUGUCGUGCUACAGUGCGGAUCGUGCAGGUGAUACGCGGUAUCAGGUGAACGCCAAGCGCAAGGAACUCAAGGAAAGUGGCAGGAAAUACGCGAGAAAGCGAACGAUUAAUUGGUCACGAGGAAUUACCACUGAUUUGCAUUCUUCACGGCCGAGUGACCGCGGACCAGAUUCGAACCAGGUUACCCUAGGCUGCGGUCUGUUCAUGUUUUUUUUUCGCCGGACUCCGGUCAUUGCACCAGUCCAAGCACUGAAUGAAAAGUUGUAAAAAAGUUUGAGAGCGUAAACGUCGAGGGUGCAGUUGCAUUAGAGUCUUCAGCCCCACAUCUGAUUGUACCUUGCGGCAUGGAGUAGCAAGGGACCUUGACAGCAACAAAUUUGGCUCAUCAGUUCUCGCUUUGGUUAUUUGUUUUAUUCCAACGGAAAAUGUUAACGAUCUUCCCUCCCACGGGCUGAGAGAUAAAAUUAUCAAAUUGCACUAAAUUUUACAGUAACCCAAAUUUCACUCGGGCGCUAUUUAAAAUUUCGUGGAAAAUAGCAAGGUGGGAAAAGCGGAAAAUUCUCUACGAGCGUCACUAAUACACUCGACAGAAUAAAACUCAGAAUUUGUUAUUAAUAAAAAAGUCAAAGAGGAAAGUGUCCGUUUCUGAAAAGUGAUUUAUUCGAUUUUUCAGUCAUCAAUCGUCGCAUCAAAAUAAACAGAGUCGAGAGCGGACAAUGAAGGUCCCGAUGAAGUCGUGAGAAAUACACGGAACCUCUAAAAAUGCUGGUUUUGGCAGCCGCGAGCUACGAACUUCCUGCAUCCUUAGAUUCACUAACAUAAAAUUUACUCACAAGUUCCGCUAUAAGUGAACCCAUUUACCGUUUACUGUGCGUGUCGUGGAAUUGUGCAAGGAAAUUAAAAUUAAUUAAAUAAAAUUUGGAAAACCCCAUCUAAAGGAGUGCGAAUAAGAUAUUUAUCUAAAUGUCCCGACGCUAACAAAUUUCCAAGGAGGAAGUGUUCAAUGUGCACCGAUUUCGCCUACGGAAAUUUUGUAAAAAUUUAUAAAAUUAGAGUAAUUUGUAAAAAGUUGUUUAGCAAAAAAGUGUGCGUAAAAGUGUGUUAAAAUUCGAUGUUUAUAUUAUAACCAGAUUGCCUUUUUCAUUUCCCCGUAAUUUAGUUGAUUUUCGUUUUGCUGAAAGCGUCCCUAAUAUAUAAAUUACGCGAGCAAAGCUAACCCUCAGUUGGAGAAAUUGCCCUUGGUCCUCCCAGAAAUCGUUAAGUUCAGAGAAAAUCAGAAGGCCUGAAGUGAAUAGUUGUCCUUCGUAAUUGACCGUGAGUUGUACCAGCAGCAGUCCUCCUUCUUCACUGCUUCCAACUAUUUCCUACCAAAAUGGAUAUACUACCGAGCGGGAAUAUAUUUCACGAACUUCAGGAUAUAUGCAAUACAGGAUACUUCUCGUCCCAGGUGUCGAUCGAGGAACAAUGGCAACAGACGUGCUACGAGCUUGAUCAAUAUCUGCGGGACGAACCAAAACUCCAGACCUAUAAAAACAAAUUACACUCGGAUAUCGACACAUCAUGGGAUCUCUUUGCCACACCUGCGCGGAUAUUCGAGGAGCUCAAUAUCAAAGAGCAAAACCUCGACUCAAUAUCAACAUCAUCACUAUCAUCUUCGUGUUCCGGUGUUUCCUGGGACAGUUCACUAAGUUGUUCGGUUGUUGUAAAAAAGGAGAAAAUCGACGAAGACGAUGGUGAUAAUUCCGACAGUUGUGGUGAAAAAUCCAUGUCUUAUAGUCUGCAAAUGAACACGAAGAAAGCAAUUAAGUUGCGUCUUCUGGCAACAACAGCAUCACCAUCAUCAUCAGCCAUUGAUACGUCAUCGAUAGUUGCAAGUCACAAAGUCGAGCACAAUAACAAUGAUUUGCUUCCAACGUUGACGCCUCCUUCAUCACCGGAAUCAAUACGGGCCGCAACUGAUACAGAAUUGGCGCUAAUCAAUCCAAAUGGUAUCCUAAGAAUUGCAUCGAAUGGUGCAUUGCUAAAUAACCAACAUCACCAGCAUCAUCAGCAGCAUUUGACAACAUCGCCGGCUUCCUCGCUGGAUCGAUUAUCGGCGGCGUCAGGUACAACAGUGACAACGCCAUCUUCAUCGCCAGCAUCAGCAUUAACAAAUUUUCCACGAAGUGCCAUUGUAAGGGUGACUACAACAACAACAACGACAAAUUUACCCCGUGUCCUAAGUCAGAAUUUAGCCGCGACAAAUGGUGGCACUCAACGUGAUAAUGCAGCACAGAAUGUACAACAGGUGACAACAUUAACAACAAAACAUCAUCAGAGACAACACGAUCACAGUCCGGACUCAAAGCGAAGGAUACACAAGUGCCAAUUUUUGGGCUGUAAAAAGGUCUACACAAAAAGUUCACAUUUGAAGGCCCAUCAGAGAACGCAUACAGGAGAGAAACCAUACAAGUGUUCAUGGGAAGGAUGCGAAUGGCGUUUUGCAAGAAGCGAUGAGUUAACGCGUCACUACCGAAAACAUACCGGAGCCAAACCGUUCAAAUGUCGCAACUGUGACCGAUGCUUUUCACGUUCCGAUCACCUAGCGUUACACAUGAAACGUCACAACUAAGUCCUGUAAUGAAGAGAAAAAGCAGUUCUUCAAUUUAAACCAAGAAAAACAUUCAAAAUGAAGUGCAAAACCUUGAAGGAGAAAUAAGAGAUAAAGAAAUAUAAUUUCUGGUGCCAUUCUGUCACGGAUUAACGAUAUCAUUGCUAAAAUACAUACUACAUGAAAACAAAAAAAAUAAAACUAAAAAAAGAAACGAAGCAAAGCUCUACAGGAAAUUUGUCAACCCAUUUCAAGCGUCAACAUCAUUUAACUAUACGAACAAAACCUAAUGCUAGAACCGGGAUGUUACAAACUAUGAGACCGGUAAUUUUUGAACUACAAACAUCUGAGUUUUAGUUAGAAAUAGUUUAAAUAUUUACACUAAAAACCAAGCAACAUAAAAAAUGUUUAUUUUCACAACUUCAAAAUAUUUUCAAUUGUUAUAUUGUUUUUAGUACCAUGUUUGAUUUAUAUAUUUUUGUAAUUUUUAUAUGUAAAACUAAGUCUUGAAAAAAAUUUAAUAUAUAAAUUUGAGGUUUACUUGCUAGGGAAGAUACGUGUCAAGGAUUUAUGUUCUUUACUGCUUACACCUAGGUUAAUUUUUGUGUGCAACAUAUUAUAUAUAUGCAUACCUUAUUUUUUAAUUCAAUUUAUAAUUUGCAUUGAAAAGAGGAACAAACUUCUAAGAGUUAUUUUUUAUGUUUAAGUUUUAUACGAAAUACAGACAAUUGUAUAAAAAACCAUCUCACCAAAGUCGCGCAUUCUGAAGCAAAUAUAUAUUUAGUUGUAUAUGAUUUAGUUUAGGUUCACUUCAUUUGUAACAUUUAUAUUUAAUUGUAAGAUAAAUAUUUUCUUUUCAUUACAUGUGGAAAUGUGUCCAUUGUGCAGAAUAUGAUUUUCGCAAUAAUUUCUCUUAGAAUCCAAGCCCCGAUAAUUAUCAUUAAGUUGAAUUGUAUGUUUUCGCUUAGUUUAAUGAGAGCUACUUUAAUUGCAAGAUUACCUUUACCUUGAGUUUCUUUAAGAGUUUUUGUCUUGUAAGAUUAUUCAAGAUUUUCUUUUAAUAGUUUUAGUCUUUUAACUAUGCUAGGACAAGCGACUGGAAGUUGAUUGCUAAGUUAGGAAGGCAUUAAUUGCAUGCAUCAAUUUUCGUUUUUCGAUAUUUUCCAUAUAGUUUAAAGCGUAAAAUACAAACAAGCAACCAAACGAAAAAGCAUUAGGUAAGAUAUUAAUAAUAUCGUUUUUCUUAGAGAAAAUUAUUAUUAAAUAUAAAUAUAUAUAAAUAAAUUUGAAACGGAGAGUAUAACUAAAAAUGAAACUAGAGUAAAUUAUCACUGCCAGCCAGAAUGGAUUUACACUUUGGGAAUUUUGAUAUCAGUUAGUAAAUAAAUUGAGAAGAGAGUAGAAUAAAAGAUAUACGACAAACCGCAAGACAAAAAUAAAACCAACUAUCUGAUACAAAUAUGGAGGAAACAAAACACAAACAAUCGACAAAUUCAUUAAACAAUAAUGACAACACUUGAGCUUACCUAGAUUUAAUCAUUUUUUUCUCUUUCUGUUCCAAUGUUUAUAGUUUUUUUGUCUUCAUUUCUGUUUAUAAUAAUUAUCGAUUAUAAUUAAAUUGGACGUAAUUUUUGAAACACGUAUUUUUAUUUUGCUUUUAUUGUGAUUAUCAUCUUAUGGUUUCCCAAUGCGAUGUGUAGUAGAAUAGGUGGGUGCGUUCCCAGCUCAUUAACGAUGAUCGGGUCUUGCUUUGGGGAGGCAAGUAGGCGUAUGAUUUGCUUUUUCUGCUGGACUCGUGGUGCUUACUUCGACUUGUUGCGAACUUGGAUAGCUUUCCUAUACUUUUAAAAUAUAUUUUCAUCGUUGAUUCAAAAAUAGAUAUAAAAUAAUUGAAUAUUCUGAAUAAAUAUCCUUCACCAUUUGGGCGUAUACUGGACUACGAGUUACUUACGUAUUAUCUUUGAACUCAUUUUAAAGUUGGAAAAUAAAAUCGUACUAAAAUCGAUUCACUGUCUGUCUAUACUUUUUUAAAGAUGGAAAGCAUCGUAAUUCACCCUGGGGGACCGUGAGUCCUAGGAGGUUUUACGUGAGUACCUGUCUCGUGGACUUAAUCCCUCGGUCUUCCUAAGACACGGAAUGAUUUUGUAACCA